CCCGAGCGUCUCGCAUGUUCACCCGCGCUAGAACACGAUCACACUCGCUGUGAGAAAACCUAGAGAUACCGACAUCGUUUCACAACAAUAACACGCGCGGGACCCCAUACGCCUGUACUUUGUACUGACCUCCCAUAUUCUAGUGCCGGUUAUAAGUGCAGUGUCGUCAGUUCUACGUGGCUACUUGAACGCGACCCGACAUGUGAAAAAUAAAGCCUUUGUGACAGCCGGCCAGGGACAUGUGGCGCGACGGAAAUACUCGAAAAAUGAAAUAAUAAGGGUGUCCGGUGACCCCCGGCAUGAGGUCGGGGGAGGCGGGCGAGGGCUCAGAACUGGCGGAGUUUGGCGCGCGCUGGCCGCCGCCCUACACCCAGGGCUAUGGCUGGCGCUCCGCCACGCCGCAACACCCGCCAGCGCACCAUCUCGCGCGCCAUUCGCGCUCACAGCAGUGGUUACAGGAUAGCAGGCAUACAAGCUACGAGGCGGAGGAUGCACGGGCUCGGACGCGAGGCGGCGUUUACUAUUCACCGCCCGGCACUUCUUAUACCAUUGUAGAGAGGCCGGCCUCUUCACACGGCCACCACGCGUCCUACUCGCAGCAUCACUACUCGGGGAAGCUUUCGAGGACGCCUUACCUUGGAUCCACCACUAUUGCCAACAGUGCGGCAGGAGCAUCUAGCUUGCGAAACAGCACGAAUCAUUUGAGUGCGGCAAAUGGCAAGAAACGUCCGAUAUCUCCGGAACAAGUGCUGCGGCUGUUUGGACAAGGCGGUGCUGCGGCGCUGGGGAAGGCCCUGCCGCCAUCACAUCCACCAGCGCCGUUACCAGCACCUCUCCCUGCCAGGAGACACUCGCCCGCCAGUAGUCCGAGUAGCACCACGCACCAUGCGAUAUAUCGCGGUGCUGCCGAGCGAGAUCGCGAGCGGCCAUAUUCGUCGGGGGGUGCGCCGCCGCCGCCGACGGAACCUGCCACCAGGACCGUCACCAUGAGUCGGGAUCCUGCCGACUCGCACGGGUUCGGCAUCUGCGUGAAAGGUGGCAAGGAGGCAGGUGAGCCUGGUGGUGUGGGCGUGUAUAUAUCGCGAGUGGAGGAGGGUUCGGUGGCGGAGCGCGCAGGGCUGCGCCCCGGGGACUCCAUUCUACAGGUCAAUGGGACGCCAUUUUCUGGAAUUUCACAUGAGGAUGCACUAAAGAUGCUUAAGUCAUGUCGGCAACUGACGAUGACGGUGCGGACAGCAGGCGCGCUUGUUGGCCGCGCCUCUUGUUCAUGGAUGGAUCGGUACGGAAGGCCCGCAUCGCCGCCGCCGGCGCGUCCCCCGCGCUCCUCCAGCAAGGACCGCUCGAUACGAAGGGUUGACCUUUGUAUCGAGCCGGGUCAGUCAUUGGGCCUGAUGAUCAGAGGCGGUUUAGAAUACAACCUCGGAAUUUACAUCACAGGUGUCGACAAGGAGUCUGUUGCUGAUCGAGCCGGACUAAUGGUGGGGGAUCAGAUCUUAGAAGUGAAUGGGCAGUCUUUUGUGGAUGUGACUCAUGAUGAAGCUGUGGCGCAACUCAAGUACCACAAACGUAUGUCGUUGCUGGUACGGGACGUUGGGAAGGUGCCCCAUGCUUGUACCGCGUAUGGUGAACGCGAUGCUGCCCCGAGAAUAAGCGGAUGGGGUCGAAGAAGGGGUGCAGCAGCUGUUGCUGUGGAGCAGAAAGCGAAGUCGCUAUUGCCACAAAGUGAUUUACCUGCACUGGCAUACUAUAUGGAAGAGUAUGCCGCUAGGAGACUCACCCCAGAUGCAUUCUUAACGGUACUGAGGGAUCUGCUAGAUACUCCACAGAAGUACACUCUCCUGACUGAGAUCAGAGAGUUUAUGCUUCCAGAAGAUCGGCCAAGAUUCGACGAACUGGUAUAUAGACGCGGAGAAGAACCCGUCGAUCAUCACCUCAAGCGUGGGAGCGAACGGCAUAUGCUGCCCUCCUCGACGAUGCAUGAGUUGCACGACCCGGAGGUGCCGGCGGAGGUACCUCUUGUGGCCGAUCAUCGCUCGCCCUCUGAAGACUCCGGUUUGGGCCUGCCACCGCACGACCACGCUUACAGGAGCGGGCGCGCGUGGCGGGCGACGGCCGACGCGCCCCAGCCUGAUGACGACCUGGAGCCACCGCACGAGGAGUACGAGGAGGAAGGAAGGCGCUCUCGCCGGCACUCCUCACCCUGCAACUCUAGAGAGGGCAGCACCACUGCGCUUCACACGCAGCACUACGACGACGCUGAAUUGGCACACAAGUUAUCGAGAAGCUUCGACAUGAAAGAAGAAGGAGGUGCGCUUCUAGAGGAUAGAGGGGGUAUUCGCAGACACCAGUCGAUGCAGCGGUUGCAGCAUGGCGAAACACAAUUAGACGAGGGUAGAGCAGCGCGCGUAGUACACGACCACCACGGCAAUCUGCAUAUCAGUGUCAAAAAAACUAAACCCAUACUCGGUAUAGCUAUCGAGGGAGGUGCUAACACAAAGCAUCCACUACCCAGGAUAAUAAACAUCCAUGAGCACGGAGCUGCUUAUGAAGCUGGUGGACUAGAAGUGGGUCAACUUAUCCUGGCUGUGGACGGACAUCGGGUGGAAGGCAUGCAACAUCAGGACGUAGCGCGGUUAAUAGCGGAGUCCUUCGCACAAAGAGAUAAGCCAGAGAUCGAGUUCCUCGUUGUGGAGGCGAAGAAAUCGAACCUGGAACCAAAGCCGACCGCGCUCAUUUUCCUGGAGGCCUAACAUCUACUCUCCCUCCCCGCCAGCGACCCACCGGCCGCGCUGGGCAGCGCGACGCCGGGGGUCGACCUCACCGCGCACACCACGGAAUAGCCAACUCCAACCUGCGCUGCCACAUGCUCUUCUAAAUGCGUCCCAUUGAGCCUUGUAGCCACCACACCCCCACUCUUCGACUAUAGGCAACUAAUAUCAGCCUAAUGUCCGACUAAUUGCCAAUUUUAAUUCAUUGUAGUAAAAUACCAGAUCGAAUGAUUAAAUCAUGAUGCUUUUUGAACAAUACAUAUUGCCACUCCAAACUUUAAACAUACAUACACAGCUGGUGACUAGCAAACUAGGUGAAGGUUUAACUUCUUUCAAGCGAUUUCCAACAAGACUUAUUUUAUAGACCUGACCAUAUCGCAACUAUAUACGAUACUUAAAUUAAAUUCAUCUGAUAACCUGUUAAUACACAUAGUUUACACAUAGGUAAUUCAAAAAUCCUUGCACUUGUUUUGCAUUUUGCAAACAUACGCUUCGAGUUCAUUUUACUACAUUGAAUUAAAUGUUCAAUUUAAGCUCGACUGCGAUGCAUUGCACCACACGUGGAUAUUUGCGAGAACCGAACCUUUCACAUAAAAAUAACUGUAUUUCGCAUGAAAUUACAUAAUCGGAUUGUAUAAUAUGACGCGAAACUAACGCUCAAAUUAAAGUAUGUACCAUGUGUAGUGCAGAUAACGGAAUCUCGUUUCAACUGACUUGAAAAAAAGAGAACGACGUCUAUUUUGAUUAAUUAUUCUUUUUUCAAAAAGUAAAAUUAAAUAUAAGAGACAUUGAUAACGUAUUAAGUUUAUAAACAUUAUAAUUAGGACCGUUUCUGUUUUGAAAUGUUAUGAGCUGCACUAAAUUACAACCGGUUUUAAUGUUUAUUAUAUAAUAAGGCAGAAUCAAUGGAAUUUUGCUUUUCAUAUAUUUUCCACGUGAGGUGUGGUGUUAUGUUGUUGGACAUCCUCAUGUUGCAUCCUCGGAGAUAGUGGUGUGUGGAUUCGCAAGAUUCAUGAAGGCGCGUCUCGCUCUACAGAGAACUAACCACUGUGUAGGUGACGAAUCUUGACGUACGAAAUAUAAUAACCUACCUGACGUUGCAACCGGCUGACAUGAGAAUAAAAUGGCGAUACCAUGCAGGUAAUAUAGUAGGCUAUACAAAAUUAAUGGCACAAGGGAGGCAAAUUUACAUCUCGACGAAUUGUCCAAUAUAUUAAAAUAUUAGUUACGAUGCAAACUGCCCGUGUGGCUAGAAAGACUUUCAUAAAAAUGCGUCCCAAAUUUCUAACGGGACACUUCGGGUAGUUAUGAACGACAGUUUUGUAAAUUGUUUUCUAGAAUGUAGAGAUUAAACCAAAUUUUAACAGUAGUCAGCGACUGAAUUUUAUAAAGAAAAUCUCCUACUUUUACCAAUUAUACUGAUAAGUUUUAAAAAAUCACUUCAUUAUGAGUAAAAUUCUCAAGGUAGUCUCGAUCAAUUCAAUCCGUAACAAUUUUUAAUAGUACUAGAUAUGUAAAGAAGUGACGAUAACAUAGAUCUUACGAUGUUCAUUUUCAAUACGAGUCGUGCUAAUAUUCAAUUGGCAAUGGUGCUAUGAAAAGAGAUCAUAAUUCAGUAAAGUUUUGAUUUGACAGUUCAUGUUCCCAUCAGUAGUUUUCACUAGCGUACGAUUAGAGCUUGUCAUCAGCGCGUUCCUAGCACCCAUGCAAGGAGUUCACCCGCGAAAGUCAUCCAUGUGCCAUCAACGUUGCAUUGGGAGGGUUUGCAUAGAGUACAGCGUACAACGUCAUCUCAUCCCACAUCGUCGCCGUCGUUGUACCGGUGGUAGAUAGUGCAAAAUUUAGUAGCGCCCCAUCAUUCUCAUCAGUAGAGCAGAGCUUGCAGCACGCGACGCGCUCCUAAGCAAGCUGUAUUAUAAAUUAUUAUAUUUUAAACAUUUAUUUUGAUUAAAAGAGUCACGAUCCAUUAUCUAUGCAUAAUGUCUAAAUUCUGUUUUAAGAUAUGAUUCAGAUUAUUAUGAAUUGCGUCAUACUGUAGGCUUAUUCCAACAUUGGUUUUUAUUUUUGUAAUGAUUCAUUAUGUUACAUCACAGGGUUGAUACUACUUUCUUUAUAAAUAAAGGUAUAGUAUCGACCAGUAUUUGUAAACUCCACAGUAAUUUCAGUUUGCUUAGCGACGCUAUAUGAAUGGCGCGUCUCAUGUCAUUCCAUCAGGUAGAUAAGCGGUGAGUUUACGAAAUUAUGGCGGAGAGGGAUCUUUGCCCACUCAUUUAUUUAUAUACAUACGUAGAUUGUAAGUGAAUGUGUGCAAUAUAAUCAAAUAUUUCUUUAGAUGUUAGAAUCAGUAAACAAUAUUGACGUCGAUCACGAAUAUAGAUAGAUGUUACAGCUGUAUGAACUUUGCAUGUCAAUUUUUUUUACUUCGACACUAUGGGUAGUAAUUUACACUUAUUAAAUUUCAACUCGCAGUUGUUACAUAUAAUUUAUAUGGAAAAAGCUAAUUGGAAACAUACAUCAUACAUCAUGCAAAAUAAAUGGACAUGCGUAGUGCUUAUAAAACCUCUAUCUAUAUCUGUUGCGUCGAUAUUAUAGGCCAUCUUGCGGCUUUACAAUUUGUGUAUUGCAAUAUAUAGCUAAUGUCAUCCAUGUAUAAUGAGUUAAAUGUAUAAUGAGUAAUGUAAAAUAUCCGAUCUUAAAGUACUCCCCGAUAUAUAAAUGUGAAUGUUGCUACUGCUUUUAACUUUGUAACUUACAUUGUAGAUAUUGUACACGUUCCAACUGUUGUAAUUGUAACACAUGUAUAAAAUGUAACGAUAUUAUAAUACCUCAUUCAUUAUAUUUCAGAUAUCUGAACAUGUGACCGUUGUAAAUAUAUAUCUAUAUUCAUAAGCUGUAAAUAUCAAAUUUCAGUCUUGUAAUAUAUUAUUAUAAUACUACUUUAAAUAUUUAUCGAAGUUAGUGCCAAAAGCAUUUUACAAUUGCGUGUACAGUAUGAAAGAGUCGAACAAUGGCAUUAACAUAUAAAUGCUUUUGAUUAGGAUCUAUCUACAAUAACAGUGAUAUUAUUCUAUUGCAUCAGUUUCAAUGAUUUGUCAAAAUAUAAAUUGAUAACAUCGUCACGUAAAUACGAGUACAAAUUAUCUUAUAAACACAACAGAUCAUUGAAAACGAUGAAAAGGCGCUUCUGUACAUUUUAUUAUAAUUAGAGUAACUGAAAUGAGUACCUAUGCUUUGUGAUUUAUUAGAACUUGAUGCAUUGCAAAUGAAUUUUAAAUUUGUAAUUCGAUUACACAAUUAUUAUAAUGAACCAAAUUAUUUAUAUUUUCAUAUUAAGUCAAUGUACCGUAAUUAUCGUUUUUGUAAUUUAAUUUAAUCCUGUACAAUGUUUUAACAAUAAACCGAUACGAUAACAUCCGCCUGUGAAGAACUUAAAAUUUUACCUGUUUAAAAUUAUAUAAGUGACACUAUAUAAUCAUAUAAAAAUGAAAUGAGCAAAGUACCUAUGUAUGCACUGAGACAUCUAUAUAUUUUGUACGAGUAAUUAUAGUUAAUUUUAACUUACACCUAAUUAUAUUUAACCUUACCAAUAAGUUUGUAUGAUUGUUAUAUUUAAGUGAAUAAGUAAUUAUAUAUUUAAAGCAAGGUACGACGAACAGUCCUGCCUCUAUUUGAGUCAAUUCAUCAUUUACGUAUUAAACACGUUAAACCAAAAGCAAUUUUACGCGUAGGGAUUAAGAAUUAUUUUAAUAUAGAUACAACAAAAUUAUAAUGAACAACGCAACAUAAAUACAAUUUGCAUCAUUUGACACUUAACACUGCAACGAUUUGUUUACCAACAGCCUGAAUUUUUAUAGCCCAUAACAUCAGGAGCACGAUAUUAUCCUAAUUAUUCUAAGCCGUCCAAUUAUUUUUGGAUUUAGUUGAUUUUCAUUGUAAAGGUGUGUGGUUAAAUGACUUUUAAAUACUUUCUUAUGUAUAUAUAUAUAUAAUUGGCCGUAGAUAGCGUUCGAUGUGUUGGUAAACAUUUCAAAGGAAUAAAAUUAUAUCUAUCGCAAAGUUUAAACUUGGCGCAGGUGUUUCGUUGAGAAGAUCUAUGUUGUAGUCUGUU